AUGCCAUUCAGAAGCUCGAACCCAUCCAGCUCUAAGCCUUGCAGUACACCCACCUUCGAACAGGAUCGCGAGAAUCUUUUCAACUCGCUGAUGCACCAGAGCCGCCUCAUCAACCAACAGCCAGAAAACUACAAAUCAGUCGCACAGUAUCUAGCCAAAGUGGCAUCGGAGUUUGACCAGGUAAAGAAACUGGCGGAGCUAGAAAAGCAUGUGGAUAAGCGAGAUGUUCCUCGAUGCUUCCCAGUCCGAUGCGACAUGCUCAAGGAGGAGAUGCAGAAAUUGAGUCAAGGACUCGCCAGUAAGUCACUGCCACCGCUCCUGGGCUCGCUAAUAAUAGAGAUGUUUGCUACACACUUUGGCAGAUUGACUCUAGACGGAAAUAGCAGUGUCGAUUCCCUUCCUCAAAUCAUGGAACGCAAGAUUGGAUCGAACCAAUUUGACUGGAAGAACAGGAAUGUGAUUGACGAGGAAGGACAACGUGUUGUUCGUUACGCUCAUCCGAUCUUCGUCCGCUUGAACCGGGCUGUUUCAGACUGCCAUUGUCUCCAAUGUACUAAGCGGACACCCAUUAGAAGCAAAGAUCAUACCAAGGGGAAGGAUAGAGUAGAGCAUACAAGCCCCAAGGAGAAAUGCCCCAGUCGGUUUGGACGUUCCUAUAUGGUCAAUGAAUUUACUGGCCGGCUUCGGUGA